GUUACCAGGCAGACAGAACUUUCCAACAUGGCGGCGUCGAGCAACGCAGAGCAAACGCAGUUGCAGGACAUGGACGAGGAAGAUGCGGGGAUGGAGGAGAGGGAGAUGGACUCGGACGAAGGGGAGGAGGACGGCAUGGGAGAAGAAAAUUCAGACGACGAAGAGGACGACUCGUCUGAAGAUGAGAAAGAAAACGAAGCUGAAAUCCAGCGUUUGGAGGAGCAGCUGUCGAUCAAUGCCUUUGAUUACAACUGCCACGUGGAUCUCAUCAAACUUCUGAAGCAGGAGGGCGAGCUUCUGCGUCUGCGAAAGGCGAGGCAGAAGAUGAGCGAGCUGUUCCCGCUCACUGAAGAGAUCUGGCUGGAUUGGCUGAAAGACGAGAUCCGCCUGAGUGAAGAGGAGCCAAACCGGGAGAAAGUUUAUGAACUCUUUGAGAAAGCGAUAAAAGACUACAUCUGUCCAGACAUUUGGCUGGAGUAUGCUCAGUAUUCAAUCGGUGGCAUGGGCUCCCCGGGGGGAAUCGACAAAGUGAGAGCCAUCUUUGAGCGAGCUGUGACAGCUGUGGGGCUUCACAUGACCAAGGGACAGUUUGUGUGGGAGGCGUACAGGGAGUUUGAAAACGCCAUCCUGUCCACAGUACAGCCUCCCCCUGGCAGGAUCCCCAGCCGCGAGGAGAAGGAGCUGCUGAACACUCAGCUCGGGAGAAUCCAUACUCUGUUUCGCCGCCAGCUGGCCAUUCCCUUAAUGGAGAUGGAGGCGACCUAUGCAGAGUAUGAGGAGUGGUCGGAAGACGGCGUGCCUGAGACGGCCGCACAUCAGUACAAAAAGGCUUCGCUGCAGAUGGCCAAGUGCAAACCCUUCGAGGACUCUCUGCUGGUAGCAGAAACUCCUAAGCUGGCGGAGUAUCAGGCCUACCUCGACUUCGAACUGAAGGAGGGCGAUCCAGCUCGGGUCCAGAUCACCUUUGAGCGGACUCUGGCGGAGAACUGCCUGGUACCAGACAUGUGGGCCAAGUACAACAACUAUCUGGAUCGUCAGCUGAAGAUUAAAGACUUGGUUCUCUCCACUCAUGAGCGAGCUGUCAGGAACUGUCCCUGGACCAUGGGCCUGUGGAAGAGCUACCUGCUGGCUCUGGAGAGGCACGGAGCGGACCACCACACUGUUUCAGAUAUGUUCGAAAAGGCGCUGAAUGCAGGUUUCAUUCAAGCGACAGAUUAUGUAGAAAUCUGGCAGGCGUUCCUGGACUACCUGAGGAGACGUGUGGAUUUCAGCAAAGAAUCAAGUAAAGAGUUGGAGGAGCUGCGGGGAGCGUUCGCUCGCUCUUUAGACUACAUGAAGCAGGACGUUGAAGAGAGGUUCGGUGAAAGUGGAGAUCCUUCUUGUCUUAUAAUGCAGAACUGGGCCAGGAUAGAGGCCCUUCACUGCAAGAACAUCCAAAAGGCGAGAGAACUGUGGGACAGCAUCAUGACCAAGGGGAACGCCAAAUACGCCAACAUGUGGCUGGAGUACUACAACCUGGAGAGGUCUUAUGGAGACCCCGUUCACUGUCGGAAAGCUCUCCACAGAGCCGUCCAGUGCACCUCCGACUACCCCGAGCACGUGUGUGAAGUCCUGCUGACCUUUGAGAGAGUCGAGGGGUCUCUGGAGGACUGGGACGUGGCCGUGCAGAAGACGGAGACUCGGCUGAACCGGGUUAAUGAGCAGAGAGCGAAGGCGGCCGAGAAAGAAGCCAACAUGGCUCGCCAAGAGGACGAGAGAAACGAUCAACGGCGGAAAGCCAAGUCAGAGAAGAAGGUUCAGAAGAAGUUCCAGAAGGGAAGUCGAGUCGGGGAGAAGAGGAAAGCGGAGCAGGAUGAUUACCACGACGAGUGGAACGAAGACCCGGAACAAGCUCCCAAGAGACAAAGAGGAAACAGAGAUCAAACUACAGAGGAGUCCAUGGAGACGGAGGCGGGUCAGUUCGGGAGGAAACCUCCGCCCGGAUAUAAACCGGCUCCGCCCGGCGCUAAAAAAGCCCAACACGGCGCUCCGGCAGACGCCCCGAGGAAGACCGACGACAAGCCAGAGCUCCGCAACGACGACAGCAGCGUGUUCAUCAGCAACCUGGUGUACACGCUGGAGGAGCCCGAGGAGAAGCUCAGGACGCUGUUUGAGAUCUGCGGCCCCAUCAAACAGAUCCGCCCCGUCUUCGGCACCAAAGGGACGUUCAAAGGAUACGGCUACCUUCAGUUUGAGUCUCCGGUGUCCGUGCCCGAAGCGCUGAAGCUGGACAGACGGGAGGUGGAGGGCAGGCCGAUGUUUGUGUCGCCCUGUGUCGACAAAAACAAGAACCCGGAUUUCAAGGUGUUUAAAUACAACACCACCUUGGAGAAACAGAAAAUCUUCAUCUCUGGGCUGCCGUUCUCCUGCACCAAGGAGCAGCUGGGGGAAGUCUGCAAGAGUCACGGUGUCAUCAAAGAAGUUCGUCUGGUCACAUAUCGCUCAGGAAAACCCAAGGGACUGGCUUACGUCGAGUUUGCAGAUGAAGCUCAGGCCUCUCAGGCGGUUUUGAAAAUGGACGGCAUGGAAAUAGAGGGCAACAAGAUCACUGUUGCCAUUAGCAACCCUCCGCGCAGAAACCUCAGUGAUAGACCUGGUUCCAGCAGGGACAUGGCAGACUUGAUGCCCCGUCAGGUCUAUGGAUCGAGAGGACGAGGACGCACCCAGCUCUCCUUACUCCCCCGCUCGCUGCACAGACAGAGCGCUCCUGUGGGCAAAGUGGAGAACGGGACGACGUCAGGCGGCCAGGCGGCGAAUGCAGCCGGAGAGACGAAACCUUUGUCAAACUCGGACUUUGCCAGAAUGCUUCUCAGCAAGUGAGAAGGCGGGGGGAGAGAGAGGUUUAACCGCCUGCGCACUGAAAGCCAUCGUGUGUCCUUACAAAUUAGUGUUGGUGAUUUUUCUGUGAUUGGAUAUCCGGCUUCCCUUUAAUCUCCUUCUCAUCGUGUGUUCGGCCCUAAUCUCGCCAGUUCCUGCCCUCCGUUAUAAAACAUUUCAACCAGGACAUUUCAUCAGCGUGGCAGGUUGACUUUUAUUUUGUUUUCUUUCCAGAUGGCCAACAGGCUGUUUUAUAUAAAACAAGUGUAUGAUAUUUGUGUGUAAAUAUACUGUACCUAAAAUUGUU